CAUGCGCAGGGGGGCGCGCCGCCUCUGCCCCGCGGCGAGGCUGUCUAUGGAGAGGCGGCGACCGCGGCUGCUGAAGGAGCGGAGGCCGAGGCCGCGGCGAUGGCGCCCUUCCCUGACGAGGUGGACGUCUUCACCGCGCCGCACUGGCGGAUGAAGCAGCUGGUGGGGCUCUACUGCGACAAGCUUUCUAAAACCAACUUUUCCAACAACAAUGAUUUCCGUGCUCUUCUGCAGUCUUUGUAUGCUACUUUCAAAGAGUUCAAAAUGCAUGAGCAGAUUGAAAAUGAAUACAUUAUUGGCCUACUUCAACAACGCAGCCAGACCAUUUAUAAUGUACAUUCUGACAAUAAACUCUCUGAGAUGCUUAGCCUCUUUGAAAAGGGAUUGAAGAAUGUUAAGAAUGAAUAUGAGCAGUUAAAUUAUGCAAAACAGCUGAAAGAGAGAUUGGAGGCUUUUACAAGGGAUUUUCUUCCACACAUGAAAGAGGAGGAAGAGGUUUUUCAACCCAUGUUAAUGGAAUAUUUUACCUAUGAAGAGCUUAAGGAUAUUAAGAAAAAAGUGAUUGCACAACACUGCUCUCAGAAGGACACUGCAGAACUCCUUAGAGGUCUUAGCCUGUGGAAUCAGGCUGAAGAACGACAGAAGUUUUUCAAAUAUUCUGUGGAUGAAAAAUCAGAUACCGAAGCAGAAGUGGCAGAGCACUCAACAGGUAUAACCCAUCUUCCACCUGAGGUAAUGCUGUCGAUUUUCAGUUACCUUAAUCCUCAAGAAUUAUGCCGGUGCAGUCAAGUCAGCACCAAAUGGUCUCAGCUGGCAAAAACUGGAUCCCUUUGGAAACAUCUUUACCCUGUGCAUUGGGCCAGAGGGGACUGGUACAGUGGUCCUGCUGCUAACCUUGAUACUGAGCCCGAUGAAGAAUGGGUGAGAAGCAGGCGAGAUGAGAGUCGUGCUUUUCAGGAGUGGGAUGAAGAUGCUGAUAUAGACGAAUCUGAAGAGUCUGCAGAGGAGUCGACUGCUAUCAGCAUUGCGCAAAUGGAAAAACGCUUACUCCAUGGCUUAAUUCAUAAUGUUCUGCCGUAUGUCGGUACUUCUGUAAAAACUUUAGUGUUGGCAUACAGCUCUGCAGUUUCCAGCAAAAUGGUUAGGCAGAUUUUAGAGCUUUGCCCUAACUUGGAGCAUCUGGAUCUUACUCAGACUGACAUUUCCGAUUCUGCAUUUGACAGUUGGUCUUGGCUUGGUUGCUGCCAAAGUCUUCGGCAUCUGGAUCUGUCGGGAUGUGAGAAGAUCACAGAUGUGGCUCUAGAGAAGAUUUCUAGAGCUCUUGGGAUUCUAGCAUCUCAUCAGAAUGAUUUCCUGAAAACUACUCCAAGCAGAAUUACUGCAGCUAAAUGGAAAGACAAAGACAUUACUAUGCAGUCUACCAGGCAGUAUUCCUGUUUGCGUGAUUUAACUCAAAAAGGCAUUGCAGAAGAAAUAGACAGUGAGCACACCUGGACUAAGCCUGUUUCUUCUGAAGGUUUUACUUCUCCGUAUGUGUGGAUGUUAGAUGCUGAAGAUUUGGCUGAUAUUGAAGAUGCAGUGGAAUGGAGACACAGAAACGUUGAAAGUCUCUGUGUAAUGGAAACAGCAUCCAACUUCAGUUGCUCCUCGUCUGGUUGUUACAGUAAGGAUAUUGUUGGACUAAGGACUAGUGUCUGCUGGCAGCCACAUUGCGCUUCUCCGGCCUUUGCUUAUUGUGGCCAUUCAUUCUGUUGCACAGGAACAGCUCUAAGAACUAUGUCAGCACUCCCAGAGUCUUCUGCAAUUUGUAGGAAAGCGUUAAGGACUACACUGCCUAGGAGGAAAGACUUACUUGAGUUUGGGAGUGAAAAAUCUGAUCAAGAGACUGGACGUGUACUUUUGUUUCUCAGUCUGUCUGGCUGUUACCAGAUUACAGACCACGGUCUCAGCUACAACAUGUUCUGCUUCAUGAGUGGAUGUUUUUGUGGAUUCCUUCACUUGUCACCAGGUAUUUAGGCCCAGCCGGGGUCUCCAGUUUAUUGUUGAACAUCUUUGAGCAUGAAAUGGCCAAACUGUCAAAAAAUAGAUCUUCCAACAAUCAGUGAAAUAAACACUGAAGCAAGAGGAACAGAAGGGGCAGAGACCCUCCAGGCCUUUACACGCCUGCUGUGUGUGUCCACGCGGCCUUGGGGGCGGCCAGUGUAGCAAGGGACACAGGGACUUCAGCUGCCGUUGCUUCCAGUUCUGGUCCCAUGUUAGUGAACCUAUGGCACACAUGCCACAUCACAAGGCCACCUCAUCCCAGCAUCGCCCCAGCUGCCGAGCAUCGGAUAUCAGCGCAUGCAGGAAGUAGAGGCACUUUGCUACUUUCUGGUAGAUACGUGGUUUGGAGUUGCAGUUUGGACCCUCGGUCUCUGAAGUGUUCACCAUCACUGCUAUACCCAUUCUGGGUGAACUUAAGGAUUCCUUAAUCUCUCCAAACCUCAGUGUCACUGAGGACCAAGAAGGUGAUCCAAUGAGGGGAGAUGGAAACCACAGAGCACCAGCUGGAAGCCUCACCCAGCUGCACUAUCCUCGUACCCCCAAGACCAGAGACAAGGCCCCUGGGCUGCAUCUCUCUGUCAGGAAUUCCCCAUGGAAGCAGUGGCUGCACAUGAGCUGUGCCCAGACAGGCUGAGUGACACCAUGUGGACCUAAGUGACACCACGGCCAGAGACCACCCACACACCCUGGCCUCGUGAGGCUCCUGGGGCACUGGGAAUCUGUCCCCUUGAGUCCCUGAGACAAUGUUUACUGUCCUCUUCUCCACCUGAGGAAUAGCAUAAAAUCACAGUGCACUUCACCAGCAGCUAUGCAUGAAGGAAUCUUAGGAAGGACAAGAGGUCUGAGUCAAAACGUUUACUUACGAACUCAUGGCACAGUCGGGGUGAGCGCUGUGGUCCACACACAUCAAGAGCUUCACUGGGCUACAGAAAGAAAAAAAGGGAGUUUUGUGUUGAUUUGACUUGAUUUGAUUUGAUUUGAUUUGAUUUGAUUUUUGAGACAGACACUCACUCUGUAGUUCAGGCUGCACUUACUAUUACAUAAACCACGCUGGCCUCAAACUAGUGGUUAACCUCAUGCCUCAGCCCCUUGAGUGCUGAAAUUACAGGCACGUAUUGGCAGCAUUAAAGCAAUUAAAAAACACAUCUAAAACAUUUAUGGUGGACCUGAAAGAUCUUGGUGAUACAAAGUUUGGCUCCUUGAAGAACAUAUAAAAUAUUCUUUUUUAAAAGCUGAAUGUGGUGGUCCUUGCCUGUAAUCUCAGCACUUGAGAGGCUGAGGCAGGAAGAUUGCCGUAAGUUCAACACCAGCCUGGGUUAUAUAGAGACACUGUCACACACACACACACACACACACACACACACACACGAAGAAAAAAAUCAAAAUAAUAAAACUAGCUACUAUUUAUUGAGCAUUUACUAUAAUGUGUGCCAAGAAAUUUAUAGUGAUUUGUGGUGUUGGGGGUGGAAUCCAGAGCUUUGUGCAUGCUAGGGAAGCCAUCUCCUACUGACCUGCACUUCCAGCUUGGUAGUAAGAAACUUGAUCAAGGAUUUCACACAGAUCAUAUCAUUCAAUCCUACAACCAAAUGCAACUGGUUCUAUUUUUACCUCCAAUUUCCAGUACUGAGAGCUGAACACAGUGACUUGCCCAAGUUCUCACAGUAGAGAACUGGAGAGCCAGGCUUUAUCCUUGUAGGUGACUCAAAGCCAGAGGGCCUGUCCUCUCCUGCACAAAUGUAUUAUAACAGAAAAUGCCCCCUGAGGGAUGUAAGAUGAUGUUGGUUUCCUCACAAUGUAAACCACCAAAAUUCUUCAGUUUCUGUUUUUAUGUAGCCCAAGUAACCGGCAGUUUAAUUUGGUUUCUCUUACCUCUGACUCUGAAACAGCAGAUCACCAAGAUGCAUGACUGGUCACAGGAUGUACAUGGUAAGAACCAGUGCCCAAUGACAAGCCACCCUGUUUCUGUACUUCUGCUUUGCAACCUCACAAAACCCUCCCUCCCCACACCUUGAGGGCCUGGCUUCUUUAGGAACAAUGCCAGUCAGGACCACCAGCAUAAAUAAACCUGAUUCUUGCCUCCAAA